ACCCACUUGAGCACACAAACCACAACUGGCUCACCGCAAAUUCCUCAAAGAUGCUUAUCCCCAAGGAGAACCGCAAAGCCAUUCACCAAGCUUUGUUCCAACAAGGUGUCCUCGUUGCUAAGAAGGACUUCAACCUUCCCAAGCACCCUGAAGUUGGUGUCCCCAACUUGCAGGUGAUCAAGGCUUGCCAAUCCUUGGACUCUCGUGGUUAUGUCAAGACCCGCUACAACUGGAGCUGGUACUACUACACCUUGACCAACGAGGGUGUUGAGUAUUUGCGUGAAUGGUUGCACCUCCCUGCCGAGGUUGUCCCUGCCACUCACAAGCGCCAAGUCCGUCCUGCCGCUCCCCGCGCUGUUCGCUCUGAGCCUCGUGAGCAACGUGCUGAUGCUGGCUACCGUCGUGCUGAGAAGAAGGACGGUGAGGCUGCUCCCGCCGGAUUUGCUCCCUCUUUCCGUGGUGGAUUUGGCCGUCAAUAGACAGCUAAUAGUACAUGCCAAUGACAAGAGGAUAAGUGGGA